AUGUCACCCCUUAAAGUUAAAGAAAUAAUAUUUCUUGGGACUGGAACUUCGUCAGGCGUUCCAACUAUUGGUUGCCUUACUGAUCCUGAACAAAACUGUAAAACUUGUAUAUCAACACUUCGACCUGAAGGAGAAGUUAAUAUAAGAAGAAAUACUAGUUUGUUAAUUAGAAUUAACCACGAGGAUGGCAGAAUAAGGAAUAUUGUUAUUGAUUGUGGCAAGACUUUUUAUGUAUCGGCAUUAAAAUGGUGGUCACAUUAUAAAUUACGAAGAAUUGAUGCAAUUAUAUUAACACAUCCACAUGCGGAUGCAAUAAAUGGAUUAGAUGAUUUAAGAGCGUGGACAUUAGAGGAAGUUAUUCAAGAUUGUAUUCCAAUAUAUUUAACAAAUGAUACAUUGGAUGCUGUUAAAAAUAUAUUUCCUUAUUUAAUUGAUUCCCAAGUUGCUACUGGUGGAGGAGAUUUACCAAAAUUUCAAUGGAAUUUAAUAGAUUCAAAAACACCUUUUACUAUCGAGGUUCAUCAUGGGGUAUAUUUCACAACACGUGAACCAUACAUUUAUGUGGGUUUUCGAUUUGAUAAUAUUUGUUAUAUUUCGGAUUGUAGUUAUAUUCCUGAAGAAACAUUUGAUAAAAUACAUGGAAGUGAAAUUGUUAUUUUGGAUUCAUUAAAUUGCGAACCUCAUAUUUCACAUUUUUCAAUACCUCAAGCAAUUGAGACAUCUAAAAAUUUGAUUCCCAUUCCAAAACGAACUUAUCUUUUGGGAUUUAAUCAUAAAAUAGAACAUAAUGAAUUAGCUAAAGAGUUGAAAAACGAACCUGGAUUAUGGGUUCAACCCGCGUAUGAUGGAUUAAAGGUUGACAUUGAAUUAUUAUCAAAUGGGUCAAUAGAAUAA